AUGCCUUUCCACGCAACAGUCCUCUACCCCAACGACGACGAUACCACGUUCGACAUGUCUUACUACCUCAAAACUCACAUGCCUCUCGUGAUGGACAGCUUCAAGAAGCACGGUCUCAAGAGAUGGGAGGUGCUCGAAUAUAAGCCCGGUGCAGACGGCGCAAAGCCAAAGUUUUGUGUCGGUGCGACGUUGAUCUUCGACUCGCCCGAACAGCUGGGUGCGGCAUUGACCUCGGAGGACGCAAAACCUGUCUUUGGAGAUAUCGCGAAUUUCUGCAACAAGGCUCCCGUUUUCCUCGGAGGGGACCUAGUGGGAACUUCUUAG